AUGUCGAUCGAUACUGGAUAUAUUAUUAUUUGGCUUGAUGCUCAUAUUGGAGCGGAAAAGAAUUGUCAAGAAAUGAAGCAAAAAUUUCAAGUUGGUCUUGUAGAAGCAGCAGCUGUACCACCAGAUCUAAUUGAUGUUCUUAUUUGUGAUAUGAGCAAAUGUGGUGCUCCAAUCGAGUUUGCUCAAACUAAUGAAGAUGCACUGAAUCUUAUUGAAAAAAAUUUAGGUCGUUCAAAAAAAAUUAUUUUUAUCUCCUCAGCAUCGUUGGGGAGAGAAAUUAUUCCUGAAAUCCAGAAAAAAGAAUUCCAUAUCGAAUCAUAUUACAUUUUCUGCGGAGAUAUGAAACGUCAUCGAGAUUGGGCUGAAGAUCUGAUCAAUGAUGGAUUAGAAGUGCAAAUGUUUGAUCAUGAAGUAACUUUAUUGAUACGACUCUGUCGAGAUAUGAGCAAUAUUUUAAUUGAAGAUGGGAAAACAUCGUUAAGUCAAAAAGAACCUGAAAUUGCUUUGGCAUAUUUUAAAUAUGCAUAUGCACUUGCUGACAAGGCAGUCGAAUAUGAUAAACCGAAAGAUCCUAAAGAUCCAAAUGUUCUACAUCGUCCAUCGACCGCAUAUCGAGGACUAUUAGAUCAUCUCAUUAACACUGCUAAACAAGCUUUGCAAUAA